AUGGCUGCCUUCGACGUUGUACUUGGCUGUGUUAUGGCCCUUCUGAUCAUUUUGUUUUCCAUAAGUUCUACUGUUAGAUAUUAUGUUAAGUUUACAUUGUUUGUGGUGCUAUCUCUUAUAUUUGCGACUGCGCCUUUACCCCUGAUGUUGUUUAAACCUUUUGACCCCAAGAACGCGCUUAUACCAGCAGCUUUAUUACGGAUGACGGCUCGUAUGCUCGGCAUUCGUUGGACGGUUCGUGGAACCGAGAAUGUUGACGAUUCCAGGGGCGCUGUAGUCCUACUGAAUCAUCAAAGCAGCCUGGAUUUAUAUGUAUUGGCAGUGCUAUGGCCUUUAAUGGCGAGGUGCACGGUGGUGUCGAAGCGCUCACUGCAAUUCCUGGUACCAUUUGGCACCGCUGCUUGGCUCUGGGGCACAGUGUUUAUUGACCGAGGGUCCGCCUCUUCAGCGCGUUCUGUGCUCAAUCAACAGACUAAAGUUGUUCAAGAGGAAAGGCGAAAGCUGUUGCUAUUCCCCGAAGGAACGAGGCAUUCUGGGGAUAAGCUUUUACCAUUUAGAAAAGGUGCUUUCCACGUAGCGAUGAAUGCAAGAGCUCCGAUUCAACCCGUGGUUGUAUCAAAAUACCACCACUUGGACUCGAAAAGGCCGUGGUUUGGAUCUGGGGAAAUAAUAAUAACAAUAUUGCCAUUAAUCGAGACUGAGGGUGUGAAAAAGGAGGAAAUCUCAACCCUGAUUGAUGUCGUACAAAAUAAAAUGCAGGACGAAUUUACAAGGACGUCGGCAGAGACCUAUGCGCAAAAAGGUUGA